AUGGCAGUCAAGCCUUCCCUUUCAAGUCCCAAGAUUUUCACCUUUGCUCUCAUAUCUGUUUGUCUAACUCUCAUUUUUGUGACAACCAUCAAAUUCCUAGAAGGAACCUAUGAAAAACACCCAAAAUGGAUCCUCCCUAUACCAGUCCAAAAGCCUAGUUGGUACCAAGUAUUGGAAACCAAAAUAGAUGUUACAAGAAUGAAGAUUGGUCUAGUGAAUGUUUAUAGUGUGGAGAAGGAGAUUAAGGGUUUACCGGAAAAAGCGGAGGUGAUUAAUGUGAAGUUUGGUCGUGUGAAUGGGAGUGUUCGGUGGACAAACUUAUUCCCGGAAUGGAUAAACGAAGAACGACCUCAAAAGUGCCCGGAAAUACCAAUGCCGAGGUUUGAGGACUACAAGGAUGUGAAUGUUGUUGUGGCUAGGGUUCCAUGCAGGGGUUCAACAGAUGUGUUUAGGUUACAAGUGAACUUAGUGGUUGCUAAUCUUGUGGUGAGAAAUGGAUGGGGAAAUGGGAGAAGUUAUAAGGAAAUGCAUGUUGUUUUCAUUGGCUCUUGUGAGCCAAUGUUGGAGAUUUUCAGGUGUGAGGAUAUGUUAUGGCAUGAAAGACAUGAUGCAUGGGUAUAUAAGCCUGACUUGAGAAAGCUGAGGCAGAAAGUGGCCGUGCCAGUAGGAACUUGCCAACUUGCUCAUCCAUUUGAUGAACCAAGUCAAGAAUUACAGGGAAGAGCCUCUAACAAGACCCUACGCCAGCCAAGAGAGGCUUACGUAACUAUCAUCCAUUCAUCAGAAGCCUACGUCUGUGGUGCAAUAGCUUUGGCUCAAAGCAUCAAGCAAUUCACAUCGACAAAAGACCUAAUCCUCCUAAUUGACGAAACUAUCUCUCAAAAAUCCCUCAGUGGUCUCAGAGCAGCGGGAUGGAAAACUAAGAAAAUAAAGAGGAUUCGAAGUCCACAUGCAGAGAAAAAUGCAUACAAUGAAUGGAACUACAGCAAACUUCGGAUAUGGCAACUUGUGGAGUACGAUAAACUUAUCUUCAUAGACUCAGAUUUCAUUCUCCUGAGAAAUUUGGACAAGUUUUUCACAUACCCACAAUUAUCAGCAGUUGGGAAUAGCAGACAUGUGUUCAACUCCGGUCUAAUGCUAGUAGAACCCUCAGAAUGUACCUUCAAAACCCUAAUGCAGAAAACAAAGACCACUGGCUCAUACAAUGGGGGUGAUCAAGGGUUCUUGAAUGAAGUUUUCUCGUGGUGGCACCGGUGGCCAGCUGCCUUAAAUUUUCUAAAGGAUUACCUAGUAGUUCCGGAUGAUAAACGUGAAGUACCAAAGAAUGUGUACACUGUGCAUUUUCUAGGGAUGAAACCAUGGAAGUGUUAUCGAGAUUAUGAUUGUAACUGGGAUAGCUUGGAAAACCAACGUUUUGCAAGUGACAUGGCUCACACAAUGUGGUGGAAAGUUUAUGAGAAAAUGCCUGAGAAUCUACAGCAUUAUUGUGCUCUUGAUCCACAGGUGGAAACCGAGAUAAGAAUGUGGAGGGAGAAUGCUAAAAAUGCCAGUUUUGCUGAUGGACACUGGAAAGUUCCAGUGAAAGAUCCAAGAAGUUUCCUUACAUGA